CAGCAAACACGCUCACCGCGACGUCCAAGGCCUUGACGGAACUGUCUCUGCCUUUGCGCCCUCUUCCACUGACUUAAGCUGCAACAUCUCACUCGCUCUUCUAACUCUCCCUCCAGACUACCGCUCCGACAUGGGCCUGGCCUCGAGGUUCGUCAUCGCAGCUCGCCGACGUACAACAUGAGAACAGCAAACGACAUUCCCCUCGUUGGUGGCCUCUCACAUCCACAGCCCCUCGCAUCUCACGCUCCCGCGUCGGCGGAUAUGGACGUAGCAGCAGAGCAGUUGCUUGCGCCACUGGAUUCACCAAAUCCCCAGGGUGCAACCACCUCGCGCCCGACCACGUCCUCAGCCGCACACUUGUCUUCCUACCGUAGCCGCCCUGAAUUAAAUGGACACGUGCUUAACAUGGCUACGGCCUCUAGCAGCACCCCCGCUCCCCGACCCUCUUUGCUGCGAGCGAAAAGCGACUUUGGCCCCCGCCUCCAAGAAGCUGCAGACAGCGCCGAUGAAGCCAGCAGCGCCGACGGAAACUUCAAGAUCCGCCACGGUUGGGACGACCAGCUCAACUCAGAGGAGUACAACAAUCUUCUGACCUCGACAUUUUUCAUGUACUAUACCGACAAGAAGCACGAAACGGGCGGCAUUCCCAAGGACCCAAGCAGCGCAUACCCCCUUCAAGAAUGGAGGAUGCGGGACCGGCUCAAGACAGUCUCUGCUGUCCUUGCGCUGUGCCUCAACAUCGGUGUGGAUCCUCCAGACGUCAUCAAGACAAAUCCAUGCGCAAAAGAAGAAUGUUGGAUUGACCCCAGUGUGACAUCUCAGACACCUGGGCAUACUCCGAUGAACCAAAUUGGCAAAGCUUUGCAGACUCAAUACGAGCAACUAAGCAUGCGCACUCGCUACAAGCUGUUACUAGACCCCACAACAGAUGAGACAAGGAAGUACACUUCGACGCUUCGACGCAACGCUCGCAAUGAGCGGGUCUUAUUUCACUACAACGGCCAUGGAGUGCCUAAACCGACCUCUUCGGGCGAGAUCUGGGUCUUCAAUCGGAACUACACCCAAUAUAUCCCCUUGUCGCUUUACGAUCUUCAAAGUUGGAUUGGUGCGCCAAGUCUCUUUGUGUACGACUGCUCAGAUGCAGGCCUGAUCAUCAGCAACUUCAAUAAAUUCGCCGAGAAGCACCAGAGCGAAUAUGAGGAGGCCCGUCGAAGAGAUCCUAGCGUGGAAUAUGUGGAUUUUAGUGACUGCAUUCAUCUGGCUGCGUGCAGAGAGAAGGAAUCGCUACCCACGAACCCUGAACUUCCCGCCGAUAUUUUCACCUCAUGUCUGACGGAUCCCAUUACCAUGGCAGUACGAUUUUUCAUACUCCAAAAUCCACUGCCAAGCAACAUCAAAAUUCGAGACGCGCAUCACAUUCCAGGCAAAGUCUCAGAACGGCGUACCCCAAUUGGAGAGCUAAACUGGAUCUUCACAGCAAUUACGGAUACCAUUGCAUGGAACUCGCUUCCCAAGCCUUUGUUCAAGAAACUAUUCCGCCAAGAUUUAAUGGUCGCAGCACUGUUUCGCAAUUUCCUUCUAGCACAGCGGAUCAUGAGAGCCUACCACUGUCAUCCGGUCUGUCACCCAGAAAUUCCGCAGACCCACGACCAUCCGUUGUGGCGCAGUUGGGAUCUCGCUGUAGAAUUAAUACUAGCCCAGCUCCCCAACCUCCAAGCCGAGGUUCGAGGAGAGAAGGAGUAUUCUUACAAACACUCCGAAUUUUUCUCAGAACAGUUAACAGCUUUUGAAGUAUACCUCUCCCAAGGUGCCGUCGAUCAGAAGAUUCCAGAACAACUGCCCAUCGUGCUCCAAGUUCUUCUCAGUCAAGUCCACAGACUUCGUGCGCUCAUUCUUCUUUCAAAAUUCCUUGACCUUGGACCGUGGGCUGUGAAUCUUGCAUUGAGCAUCGGUAUAUUUCCAUACGUUCUUAAGCUCCUGCAAUCGCAAGCCAUUGAACUGAAGCCUGUUAUGGUCUUCAUUUGGGCCCGCAUUCUUGCAGUAGACUCGUCGUGUCAGGCCGAUCUUCUCAAAGACAACGGGUAUCAAUACUUUAUCCAAAUUCUCAACCCUGCCCAAGGCAUUCCAAUUCUGAAUGCCAGUGAGCAUCGAGCCAUGUGCGCGUUCAUCGUCUCCAUGUUCUGCAAAGACUAUAAUCAAGGACAGCGCGCAUCUUUGUCUCCAGAAUUGAUUGAAAGCUGCUUGGACCAUCUUAAGGACAUGCACAAUCCUUUGCUUCGGCAAUGGUCUUGCCUCUGUCUAAGCAAGCUCUGGGUAAAUUACGAAGAAGCCAAAUGGGUCGGUAUUAGGUGCUCGGCUCAUGAACGGCUCUGCGACCUGGUCAUCGAUCCAGUCGCCGAAGUCAGAGUAUCAAUGCUAUAUGCUCUCACGGCGUUUCUAGGUAUCCGAGAUGUAACCGCGCAGGUCGCCUCAAUCGAGGAAACAAUUGCGUCAAUGGUUCUAGUCAUGACGAACGAUGGGAACAGCAUGGUCCGCAAGGAAUUGCUUGUUUUCUUCUCCACAUUCAUCCUACGGUACAAGAGCCGAUUCUUGGUUGCAGCAUUUGAGCAAUUUUCCGAGGAAGGGGACAACGCCCUCCAUUCAAAGUUGGAGGAACGGAAUGGAGAUGGCCUUUAUAUGAAGAUGCGCUCAGAAGCCAACGGCACCUCUGCACAACCACAUACGUGCUCCCAGAAUACCAUCUACGCUGCCGUCUGGAAGGAGAUGCUUGUUAUGUCUGUUGAUCCUCACCCAGAAAUUGCAAGGGAUGCCACUAUCGUUGUUGAUUAUGUCCUAAUCUCUCUACUGGAAUCAUCUCUGGCAAAGUUAGCUCAACCCCUUUUCGACGAUGCUCUCAAAAAAGGUCCAGUGAAACGUGCCAACCACCAGACGCACGAAGAGAGGCCGGCCCAACAAGUCUCCAACCCGCCCACACCGUCGAAAGAACAAAGCUAUUUAGGGUUGUUUGGCGGACUACGAAGAACUGGUAGCGUCGCGGCAUCACUCAAAAAUUUCUGGGCCGGGAGCGAGCCUUCAACCUCACCACAAAAGAGCCCCGGACGAGCGAAGACGGAAGAUCUUCAUGCACCACCGAGUGAUGGUCGCCCCCGUACUCCUGAAAAGUACCAUGUUGAAGAAGAACCGAAAAAUAGGGGCUUCGUACCUCGAAGCCUAGCACGGGAGCCUGAACUUCCAUUGAAGAGCACAUUCUUCGAAUGGUCGGUGGAGUACUUCCGUGAGCCGCAAAUGAAACCCAGCGAGGCGGAUGAACCUGGUAGUACCGACUACAAUGGCAGACUCUGGCGCCGGAAUCGCAACGAUAAGAUCAUUGCAGAAACUCAACCGCUGAAGGACGUUGCAGCGACAAAUCGCUGGGAUCUACCAAGAGGAUACUUUGACAACCUCAGUCAGCCCAUGAAGAUGUGCUUCCAUCAGUUUGAAGAUCAUCUCAUCGUCACAGAUAACAAAGAUACCGUCAACGUGAUUGAUUAUGCGCGCUCGCCAAAUAGGAUCAACUGUUUCUCCAAUGGCAACCCAACGGAUUCAAAGAUUACAGAGGUCCGUUUCAUCAACGAAGAUGAUCUUGCUCUUCUUAUGACUGGAUCAUCGGAUGGAGUCAUCAAGAUAUUCAGGAACUACGAUACAAGAGGAAAAACUGAGCUUGUCUCGGCUUUCCGGGCUUUGGUUGAUCUUGUGCCGAGCAACAAGAACGCGGGUCUAGUUUUCGAUUGGCAGCAGGGAAGGGGUUCGGUGUUGGUGGCCGGAGAUGUCAAAGUCAUUCGUGUGUGGAGUGCUGGAACGGAGAUAUGCACGACUGAACUCCCUGCAAGAUCCGGCUCGUGUAUUACAUCAUUAACAUCUGAUCAAGUUGAGGGUGACGUUUUCACGGCAGGGUUUGGCGACGGCGCUAUCCGCGUCUACGAUCAGCGUCAGAAACCUGCAACUGCCAUGGUGAAAGUAUGGAAAGAGCACAAGCAAUGGAUCACUAACGUUCAUCUGCAACGAGGCGGCCAACGAGAGCUAAUCAGCGGCUGCCGAAGCGGCGAAGUCAAAUUGUGGGAUAUCCGCAUGGACAAGAGUGUGAGGACAAUUCGAGCUACAGCGGACACGUUACGAACGCUGAGCGUCCAUGAGCAUGCCCCCGUCUUCGCAACUGGCACACAACGUCACCAGGUCAAAAUCUUCAAUAUCAACAAUGGCCAGACGGUGUCUCAAUUCGAGCCGUACUCAGGCUUCCUCGGGGACCGCUCCGCAGCGAUAUCUGCUACCGCGUUUCACCCUCACCGUCUAUUGAUUGCUGCAUCAGCUUUCCACGACAAUCACGUCAACAUUUACGGUUGCCAAGGCCCAAAGCAGGCUGUUGUUAGCAAGACAGUUCGGGUUUGGGAGGGCAAUACUACGAUCAAUCGGUCGUCUACUUUCAUAUAGGCAUCUUGUGGCUCAUUCUGCAGUUUGCCUUUGCCAUGCCCUCAGGUUGAGGCAACCUAGGAUAGGUGAUGGAUUAAGGAUAAGGCGAAGGUCUUUCGGAAAGCGACACUGAGCGAUUGGAUGAAUGGGUAUACUGGAUUUAUUGGUAAAGGCUCCCCGGCGGCAAUUUGGGGGUGAGGAUAUGGCUGGACAGGACUGUCUCUGGUGGAUGUGACUCGCAUGGUCACGGAAUUGGGCUUACCAUGAGACUUUCUUGCGAUAUGCGUUGGACGAUUUUGGUGAGGAACCCGGACUCUCUUUUCUUCAUGGCAUAGCGAUAUAGGCAUUACGGAUUAGGUUAGAGUCUUUAUUCCGACUCUACCAUAGCGGGGAGUCAAUUGAUCAUCGACUGAUGGCCUUCCAGGCGGUAAU